UCUCACAACUCCGGGACUUGCAAGUUUAAUAAUAUCUCCAUCAGUUCCCGGAGAAUAUUCUGGGAAUGUGCAGAAAAUGGAGGAUUGUGGACCUGGAGUUUUCCAAACUUUUGUAAAACAGUCUUCGUUGACGUUCAAUUGGACAUCGAAGCCCGACGAAUAUGUGUCACACUCAAAUUUGUCAUUUCGGAUUUACUACAAGAUGGAGGACCAUGCCUCAUACUACAGAUCGACCUACAUUUUUCCACUCUCAAAAGAUUGUCAUCUUCAUCUGGUCUCCGAAGCAGGUAGUCUCAGUCAACACGACUGUCCCUCCUCAACAACAGACUGUCGAGUUUGGUUCCCUGCCCCCCGUGAUGGUAGAGGACUCCUGGUAGAACUAAGACGCUUAAAUGUACCCUGUACAAAGGGUUACGUGCACUUUGCCCAAGGAAAAAAUGGAACAGAAGACUUAAGUGAUGCAGAUACACGUAAAUUGUGUGGAAAGCUUGAAGAACUUCCAGACCACGAACGAACAUUCUACUUCCCAGAAGCUGGGCUGACAUCACCUCCGAUGCACCUCCACGGGUCUCCUACCUUCACGGUAGCCUAUCGAUUGGUGGAUCACUGCUACAACGUCACCUUCACGAAGGCAGAAGGUCACUUUGACUUGCAACCACUUGGAGGACUGCAGUGUACUUUCCGGGUGCAUUUGCCCUACGGGAAUCGUGUUGCACUCAAACUGCAUAUGGGAGAUGGUGUAUCUAAAGAUGUUUCCCGAACCAUCCCCGACUUCCAAGACGUCCAGGACGACUCCACAACCUGCCCCGAUGGUCUCCAAGUCCAGUUACACGACGGCGAUCUCCAUUGGUCACAUUGCUCCAAUCCAGGCGACCCACAACGCACCAUCGACAUCGUCUCCAAAACAAACCGCGUCGCGCUGCUUGUUACUCGAUCCAAUUCUCCUACUGCGCAGACCGACGGUGCGUCGUCUGCGCAGACAUAUGUUUCACCGCGUCUGCGUAUGACCUACCGCGCAGAACCGGUGGAAUUGGUGGUGGGUGCGUGCGCGUUCGGUUGGGUGGCGUUGGGCGACCAGUUUUGCGUCAGCGUAGCCGAGGAGGAAGGCAAGAUGAGCUGGAGAAUGGGGGAAAAGGAGUGCGCGAAGAAAGGGGGGCAUUUGGUGAGCGUGAGGAGCGAGAGGGACCAGAAAGUGUUGGAUAGUUUGGUAGUGAAUAGCCCCGGCUAUCGAGAUUACAACGCCUACUGGAUCGGGGCCACGGACGGAGCGCACGAAGGGGAUUUUCGGUGGUCGGACGGACUGCCAUUUUCAUUUACAAAAUGGUUUCCUGGAUGGCCUCAGCAUCAGCACUACAAUCGCCAGCCCAACGACGACGGCCUCAGCGAGCAGGAUUGCGUAGAGAUGCGCAGGACCUACUCCCUACCCUCAUCCGCUAUGAGCCUAGUACCUGAGUUCAUGUGGAAUGACCGCGACUGCUCAACGCCCAACUAUUUCAUCUGCGAAAGACUCCAAAAUGACGAACCACUGGAUGAGCACUGGUCUCCCGAAUGCAACAGAUCGCUGAUUCUGUCCAGGCAGCAACCUAGAACAGCUAUUUCCAGCCCGGGGUUUCCCAGGCAUUAUCCAGACAACGCCGAUUGCGAUACGCACAUUGUUUCACCUCCAGGAUAUAGAAUAGUUCUUGAUUUUGAUGAAUUAGUGAUAGAAAAUGAACCCACAUGCAGCUACGACUACUUAGAGAUUCUGGAAAACAAUUUCAACAGUUCCAACGUUUCAGCAUCUCCAGGAAGAAGAAUUUGUGGUGACUGGAGUCUCAAACUUAAACUUCUCAGAUACGUUAGUCAAGGUUCCAAAAUAACACUGCGUUUCAGUUCUGACUACUCUCACCAUUUUGGAGGUUUUAAAGCCAGAGUUUCCAUGGAGAGCGCUAUGCAUUGUGGUGAUGACAGACUAGUCAUGUUCAAUGACGAUUGCUACUUGGUAGUGAACUAUCCAGAAGUGACCUGGCAUACAGCUCAGCAGGUUUGCCACGGUAUCAAGUCGAGUUUGGCUUCGGUAUUGACUCCGGAAGAAGCCAGAUUUAUAUCAACUGCUAUAAGGAAGAAUCCAGAGUACAGGACCAGCGCUAUAUACUGGUUAGGAGGUAAAGCAGAACCAACCAAAGAGUUUGGUUGGAUGGACAACAACAAAAUGGACUUUCAAGGUUGGAUGCCAGGAAAGAAGCCCACAGAAAACGACUUGGUUGAAGAGGAAGUGAGAUGUUUAGCAAUACAAUGGACACCAUCUCCCGCUCCAGCCACACCAAGUGGACUUUACUGGCAAGCCAGAGGUUGCAACCAAGUGGGAGGCUACGUAUGCAAGAGAAAACGAGAAGCUUUGGAUUCACGAAUUAAUUUCAACAGAACAUUGAAUGCUUCUGAAGGAACACUAACCACACCAAAUUAUCCCAAAAACUACUACAACAACCUGGAUUUUUUAGUGCGUAUCGUAGGUCCAGAACGUUCCAGGCUCAAAAUCAGAUUUCACAAGAUUGACAUCGAAUCUCAACCUGACUGUCUCUACGACUAUGUCGAGCUGAAAUCGGUGACCAAAGGAGUUGACAGAUCAACAGAUGACAGGAAGAAGUUGUGUGGCAGUCACAGCAGUCAGAUGCAACGGUUUAAUUUUGUAUCUCAAGCAAACGAAGUUGAAGUUAGAUUUCAUUCGGAUUAUUCAAUUACUGGCAGUGGAUUUUCUCUUGGCUGGCAUUUCGUGGACGUAUCAGCCUGUCCCACGCAAACCCUGACAGCCCGCGAAGGAACUAUAACCAGUCCAAACUACCCAGAUGGUCUGCUAUCCCAUCUGGAUUGUUCAGUCAUCAUCCAGGCAGCUCCUGGCAAGAAAUUGUGGCUAGAAUUCACAGAUGCUGAUCUGGAAUCAAACAAUAGCGAUCGGAAAAGUUUGAAUAGGGAGGCAAUUCUGGAACUGCAAUUAGGAAAAGGACUCGAAUAUUUCGAACCAUUUCAGGUGGAUAGUUUGUUGACAGAAGGAUGUUAUGUUUCUAUUGGUGAACAGUUAAAAAUAAGACUAAAAACAGGACCGAAACCUAGAGGGAGAGGUUUUCAGGCCAUCUACAAGACUUUAGACGAAUUUUCCUUAAAAGAAAAAGUCGUUAUGCUAGCCAAUGAUACUUCAGGUCAACUUCUUCAUCUUAACUAUCCACAAAACACUCCAGAAAACGUCGAACUACUACAACGCUUCAUAGCACCUUUAGGCCACAUAAUAUCCAUGGCAUUCCACGCCGUCAAGCUAAGCGACCACACCUGUGACGACAACAGAGGCACCAUCGAAGUCUUCGACAACUAUUCUGACGUCAACGGUACACUUUGGAGGUUAUGUUUCGAGAAAUACCCCUCAGAACUACCGCCUGUCCAUAUCAAGUCGUUUUUGAACAGUGUACAGCUGCGUCAGAAGUCGGAUAGUCACGGGAACUCACUGAAUGGCACUUUGAAGGUUUUGAGGGAUAAGGAGUAUGUGAAGAAGUUGAUCGGUUAUAGGAACAGGGGUGUUGAAUCGUGCAGGCCGAAUCCGUGUCAAAAUGAGGGAAAAUGCGUUAACAAGAAGUCCAAGAAGAUGUGUCAGUGUGUAGGGCAUUUUACAGGGUUGUUCUGCGCGGUGACCCAAUGUGAUUUGGAACCUUGCGUCUUCGGAACUUGUGAACUGACCAAUACCAGCUACAAAUGUCACUGUCGAUCGGGGUAUUCCGGUCCCACCUGUGAACAAAAACGAAAACCUUGUGAAGGGAAUCCAUGUGAGAGCAGAGGAAUGUGCAUAGAGAAGGGAGAUGGGUUUCAGUGUAGAUGCCACGCCUGGUGGGAAGGUGCGAGAUGCGAGAAAAAGAUGCUUCGCAUUCCUUACAAGCCUCUCAGUGAGAGAAUGUUGCACGAACCAUUUUGGCUUGGUUUGAUGACGGUUUUCGUCGUUAUGGGAGUUAUCGGAUUGGUGUGGUGUGCCAAAAGGCAUUUUCCGGAGAAAAUCGAAAAAUUGUUGGCUGAGGAUGACAACAGAAAUAGAAUCCACUCGCUGCGCAGCACUUCGGUCCGCGAGCAGCUGGCCGCCGCGUCCGCCGCCUCUGUGGCUCCUCCCGGCACCACCGCCCCCUCCCCCGGCUCCGGAACCUCCUCCGCCGCCGGCAACCCCCGGUCACUCUUCGGCCGCCUGGGUAUCCGCAAGCCGUCCAUCCUCAGCCUGACCAGCCCACACGCCGCGGCCGGGGUCAGCGGCUACUCGCCCGCCACCGCCCGAACCUUUAGCUUGGACGAUUUACUAAAACCCUCGCCCCGACGCACACCAUCGCCGAAAAAGAAACGCAACAACUCCACCCCGACCAAGAAGAACGUAGCCGAAAAAAAGCAGAUCCUGCAGCAGCUCAUCUCGCCGGUGGGCAAACAGGCUUCGAAGAAAGUAAGUCUGGGUGAGCUAAUUCAUUUGAGCGAGCACAAGAAUAACGGCGCCCACUCUGCCCCCUCCGUAGUGAUCCGCGAGACCAAGUUCACAGAGGGAGAGGCCGCUAUGAGCGUCCUCAACGACCCCAAGCUAGAGAAGAAGGUCACCUUUGCAAGAUUACUGAACAAGGUUUCGGCAGAGAUGAGCUCGGGAUCCGAUAUGGAGUCUGGACUUCGGAUUUGUCGACCUGGAGCGAACUUUUCCAGACCUUCAAGUACGCCACCAUCACCUAGUGUUAUUAAUAGAAGCCCGAAUAGUACUUCAAGCAAUCAGGGAAGCGAUUCGUUUACUAGUUCCGAACUAGCCAUUCCGAGCGCGCUUAGUUCAAGCAUUUCAGACUUGCUCGGGGGUAGAAGAAUGAAUAAAGGUGUUCCUGUGGGCAAACAAAAGCCAGCAAGUGCUGAUUCGAUCCUUGCAAUGUUUAGAAACUUUUCAUCUAGUUCUGCAGGAAUUAACUUACCUCCUUCACUAAAGCUUUCACCUUCAACCACACCAACAGCUUCAACACCUCACGACGACAUAGUAGGAGACGACGAAUCAUCAUCCUCUUCAGCACAUACCCCUGUUUCAUACUCCAGCGGAGUUUCAGAAAGCCCAGUCCUUGUUCCACACCUCGGUACCAUAGAAGUCCCUGUCCUGGAUUCAUUAAGCGCUCACAGACAGUCAUCAAACUCCGGGAACCUUCUUCACCCUCCGACGAUUCUCUUGGAGAUACCGAGCACAAUCAGCAAGUGCCUUUCGCCGAUUAGGGAGAUGCCUACGCCACUGCCUUCGCCGGCUUUGACACCUGUCAUGCGCCGAAGUCAGUCGCCGGUAGCUAGGAGAGCCGCGGCGGCUGCGCUGGAGAGUCAGGGUAGUAGGGAGGAGCAUAUAUCUGUGGAGAUACCGGGGGUGUCUGUGAGUACGAGUGAGGACGAGGACUUGCAGUGUCCGGUGAUCGCGGUGGAUCCGCAGGCCGAGGACGGGCUGAUUUUCGAGGAGGCUGUGGCGAUGCAGCAGCAGAGUGCCUUAUACAAGACGAAGAUUCGACCUCCGCCUCUGGGCCAAAUCAACGACCAAGAACCCACCAAACCGACAUUGCCACUCAUCAUCCCCACCUUAACCAUCGAAACACCCUCCCCCACUCGAAAAACUCCCACCCUGUUACUUCCGGGCUCACCUCCUCCCCAAAGAGGCUACCCACAUCACAUGGAUCAGUUUCCGUUCCCUGGACCCAUCAAGAACAAUCGAAAAAUGUUCAAGAACCUCGACAAACCAACCUCACUCGACCUACCAAAUGCUCCACCUCUUAUUACCAUCACCUGCAACCUCAGUGAGGCGGAAUCAGACGCAGAACCUGCCUCACCCGCUGUGAAGUUACCAGGACACCACGGAGGGCCUCCUGGUGGCAUGACGUACCUCAGUCCCUUCUCAAUGGCACAUCGAGGAGACCAACACGCCUCAGAAUCAAAUUUGAGUUCGUCAGGGUACAGUUCUAUGGCCAGUCCUGGACCUUCACGCUGUGGAUCGAAUAAUCCCCUUUGUCCUUCCGAAAUGGAGGAUCAAGGACCUUCAGGAUCAGGUGCAUGUCUCAGAAGACAGUCGGUGGAUCCGGUGAUAAAGAAUCCAGCGACUCAGCAGUGUGGCGAAUCGAAUACAAACCAAAAAGGCGAACAACGAAGAGGGAGAUCAGAUUCUGAAACCCUAUCGGAUGAUCCUUUGCUUGAAUCUAAUGAUGAAGGCAUUGGAACUGAUCAUAUUGAUGAGAAAAUUGAUGAAGGAGAGGUAAAAAGUGCUAAGGAACUUGAAGUGUUUAUGUCAGUAGAAGGAGAAACAAAAACACUUCUGGAUUUACCACUUUUACCUAUAGUAACGACCACUACUCGAAACACUAAGUGUCUGAGCAUAGAAGAAUCAAUGGAUAGGUUAUUUCCUCCUGUUUCAGCACCUAAUUGUAAAAUCUCUCUCCAAUUACCUUCUAUAGUAGUUCAACAACUGGAAGCACCAGAAAAAUACCUGAGCCCGAUGAGUUCCCGCAGCGAAAGUCCUUUAAGUGACAGGACAACAGGAUUGGGACGAUUUUCACCACUAUUUUACAGUAAAUCCAAAGAUCUUCUACCUUUUACGGACUCAGACGGACUGUAUGAUUUCCCUAGUUCAGACAAAGUAAACGUUACAAGUAUCAGUCAGCACAAAAAAGCUGGAAGAAAACGAGAAAAACGAUCUACAAGGACAUGCAAGACUCCGAGUCCUACGAAGCAACCUUUAGGGAUAUCCUGGCUGAAUCACCUGGAUGUUCCAAGUAAAGAUGCCUUUUUUAAGGUACCGCCUCCAAGGAAAUUGAGUCCUAAAAGGAGGUUAGCCAGGACACAAGUCGUUAACUCGUCAUCGAGUAGCGAUAGUGUAUCGUCUACAAGGGAAGUAAGGCUGACGUCAUCAAGUCCCAGUCCAGAUAAGCGUUGGUCAUCACCUGUGGGAUGGUUAGAUCAGAAACACGCAAGAUCUCUGGAUAUAUCUGCCGAAGAUAAGGAUGAUUCAAAUCCCAGCUCGCCAAUGCUAUCCAGAUCAUUGGACUUUCCCAGGAAACCACCCAAGUAUCAGAAGCUGAACCGUCUCAGGGCGAUCAGCAACCAAAUUCGGUUCCUCAAGAGGCUGGAGCAGAGUCUAAAGAGACGCGAUCGCGUUGCCAGCUCUAAUUCCAACACUAGCGAGGAUGACGAGGAUGAGGAGGUGCCCAUGGUGACAUCUCCCCUCCUCCAACAACCCAGAGGACCCAAAAUCGAAAUCCGCAAAAGCAGCAGUAUCGGAAGACUCCAAAGUACCACCAGCAAAAACGGCAAAGGUACCAAAUACAAAAAAUGCGACUCGAUGCAGGAACGCAGCUGGCCCAAGGAAGUACUGACCAAGAACGGUCACUCGGAAUGAUGUCCGCUGCUACGCCUGACCUAACAAGCAUACGUUAUAUAAGCAUUCUCCACGAGUUGCCCGGGUCUCCUGAAGGUUACCCAGGUCACAAAGCUCAAUCAUAAUUCGUUCAUCGAAGUUUUAACUAGGCUUAAAAUAUUUAUUUUUGAUUAGAGAAUAUUUUAUUUGCCAUUUUAAGUGUGAAAUCGUUCAUCGUCGUACAAAAUAGGUCAUCAAUUUUCAUAUAACGUCAAAAAAUAAUGUAUUUUCGGGCGAUUCUUAUGAAAAUUGCUGAUCUAACAAUGUCAAUCAUGACCCACUCACCUAGAUCAUAUAUACUGACGUGGAUAAGUAAAUCACUAUUGAAACUGUCGCAAACAU